AUGGCACACUCGUUUGACUUUUCGACCACCGGGACUUCGGUGGCGGAGAUCUUUGCACCAGCCAUCAAGGGCAAGACGAUCCUGAUCACGGGUGUCAACAAGGGCGGGCUCGGGGGCAAGAUGGUCGAGAUCCUCAGCGCACACGCGCCCAAGGCGCUCAUCCUGGCCAGCCGCACGCCGUCCAAGAUCCAGGAGAUCAUCGACGAGGCCCGCUCCAAGUCGCCGGGUACGACGUACAUUGCGGUGCCGCUGGACCUCUCGUCGCAGGAGUCAUGCCGCCGUGCCGCGUCUUCCAUCCUCUCCAACGCACAGGUCGACAAGAUCGACAUCGUCUUCAACAAUGCCGCCAUCAUGAGCAUCCCGGAGCGGAAGCUCAGCCCCGAGGGGAUCGAGUUGCAAUUCGCGACCAACCACAUCGGCCACUUCCUCUUCACAAACCUGCUCAUGCCCAAGAUCCUGGCUGCCGCAAAGUCCAACCCCAAAGGGAGCACGCGCAUUGUCAACGUCUCUUCCCGGGGUAUCGCCUACAGCCCGGUCCGGUUCUCCGACAUCAACUUCGACCAGAAGAUGAGCAGCCUGCCCGAGGCCGAGCAGCCCGACAAUGCGGCGUUGGCCGCGACCGGCCGACCCGUCGAUCCCAGCGAGACCUACAACUUCACCGUGGCGUACGGCCAGUCCAAGUCGGCCAACGUGCUGUUUGCCCUCGGCCUCACCGCGCGAUUGUACGAGAAACACGGCAUUCUGAGCUUCGCCCUGCACCCGGGCGCCAUCAUGACCGAACUCAGCCGCCACUACGAUCCCGAGACGCUCGCGGCCAUCGUCGAGAAAUUCAAGUCCGAGUUCAAGACCGUCGACCAGGGCUGCGCGACGCACCUGGUCGCGGGGCUGGACGACAGCCUCGGCCCGGCCAACCUCAAGGACGGGUCAGGUAUCUUCUUGAGCGAUGGGCACAUUGCAGAGUCUCCUGCCUGGACACACGAUCCGAAACUGGCGGACCGACUGUGGGAAUUGAGCGAGAAGUUGGUCGGUCAGAAGUUUGAGUACUAA